CCGCUUCCGGCGGCGAGCGGUGAGGACGCUGAGGCGGCGGCGGAGCGGGAUGGGGCUGAGCGCGGAGGAGGCGGCGGAGCAGGAGGAUCGCUUCGACGGGAUGCUGCUCGCCAUGGCCCAGCAGCACCAGGGGGGAGUGCGGGAGCUUGUCAACACUUUCUUUAGUUUCCUGAGACGUAAAACUGAUUUUUUCACCGGUGGAGAAGAUGGAAUAGCAGAGAAGCUGAUCACAGAGACCUUCAACCACCACAACAAACUGGCUCAGAAGGAGCGGAAGGAGAAGAAAGCUCGGCAAGAGGCGGAGCGGAGGGAAAAGGCAGAGAGAGCUGCAAAGCUUGCUAAGGAAAAGCAGGAAGCAAACGAGCCAAGGAUUAAGGAACUCACAGAUGAGGAAGCAGAAAGGCUGCAGCUGGAAAUCGAGCAGAAAAAAGAGGUGCAAGGACAGGUUAACAACGUCCCAGUGAAACCCUCAGAGGAUGGAGGUGAAUCUCCAGAUUCUAACAAACAGGAAACAGAUGAUGAAGAGGAAGAUGAGAAGGAUAAAGGAAAGCUGAAACCCAACUCUGGCAAUGGAGCUGACCUCCCAAACUAUCGAUGGACACAAACUCUCUCAGAACUGGAUCUGGCCAUCCCUUUCAAGGUGAACUUCAGGUUGAAGGGGAAGGACCUGGUGGUGGACAUCCAGAGACGCCGCCUCAGGGUGGGCCUGAAGGGACAUUCACCUCUCAUUGAUGGGGAGCUCUUCAAUGAGGUGAAGGUGGAGGAGAGCUCCUGGCUGAUUGAAGAUGGAAAAACAGUCACCGUGCACCUGGAGAAGAUCAACAAGAUGGAAUGGUGGAACAAACUUGUCUCCACAGACCCAGAAAUCAACACCAAGAAAAUUAACCCAGAGAACUCAAAGUUGUCAGACCUGGACAGUGAGACCCGCAGCAUGGUGGAGAAGAUGAUGUAUGAUCAACGUCAGAAAUCCAUGGGCCUCCCCACCUCUGAUGAACAGAAGAAGCAAGACAUAUUAAAAAAGUUCAUGGAACAGCAUCCAGAAAUGGACUUUUCAAAGGCUAAAUUCAACUGAACCCUCCUUCCCACCCCAUUUCUCUCAGCCCAGCAAACAGGGCAGGAUACCCAUUGCCAAAUCUGCAGGGAUCCCUCACCUUGGGCAAAUCAACAUUUCCAGCAUUUCCCCCCUCCCCCCCAGCUUCCUGAUGUCCUCCUCAUGGAAUGGUUUGGGAUGGAAAGGAUCUUACGAAUCAUCCAAUUCCAACCUCCCUGCCACGAGCAAGGAAUUCAUCCCACCAGACCAUGUUACUCAGAGCCACAUCCAACGUGGCCUUCCACAGAGGAGGCAUCCACAGCUUCCCUGGGAAGUUGUCCUGUCUGGAGCAGAGCACAAGGCCAUGGAAUUAGCCUGCAGCAGCUCCUGUCAGCCACCUGUGACACUUCCCAAAGAGCAGUUUAGGAGGGGUCAGGGAGCACUGGGGCUGCAAGAGCCAGGCUGGAGGGGAUUUGGGACAGACCCUUAAUGUGUCUCCUGCCUUCACCUCCUGGCUCUUGAGCUGCUCAUCUACUCUGCUCUUUGGCUGCAGAUACUCCCCAGGUUUUCACUCCUUUCCCCUCUGCUUCCCUGUGAAAACAAGGGCCAGUUUAGUUUGUUAAAUAAUUCCCCUUCUGCCUCUGAGGGAAGGGAAGAGUUAAAAAAGCCCCAAUCAACAGCUGCUGCCUCAACACAGACCCUGCUCCUCCUGCCUGCUGCUUCCAUUCUCACCAGGAGUGGAACAGACUGAGCCCUGCAGGGCUCCCAUCCCAGCUGGAGAGGUUUUUGGGGUGGUUUACAGCAAGGGAAAAGUUAGGGGGGGGUUCUUUGGGGUUGCUCUUACUGGGGGUGUCUCUCCUGACAGGCACUGAGCUCCCCCUGCCACGGCGUUACUGCAUGUCCAUGUCCUUGUUAAAAACAUAAAGAAAGUGGCAAGUUCCCAGGGA